ACUUUCCCCUUUUCUUUUCGCCACCGUAUACUCCCUCCCUCUCUCGUCUCGCGCGCGUUCUCUCUCUCUCACCCAUGAAUCCUCCACUCCACUAAAAAAAUCCUUGUAAACCCAGACCUAAACUACGGUGUUCUAACGAUUUAAGCUCAAAGGUCAUGUGCUCAAGCUUGGAGGAGAUCAUUCUCGGUGGUUUUCAACCAAAACAACUUAGGGCUUGGCUUGGAACUUAGGGUUUUGUUCAAAACUAUUGAGUACACAGUCUCCAAUUUUCAAUCAUCUGUUGACAUGAAUACAUGAGGAGUUUGCUUUGUGGGACAAUGUUAAAACUUUUAUACCCCAGAUUGUGUGCACUUGGAGGUGAUAAAAUUAGCCGUUGCCUUUAUGAACAAACCAGUCGUUUUCACAGUGGACAGCCCCUUUUUCUGCCAAGAAGCUUUUUCGGCGUGGAGGAUUAUCUGGAUGAUGACAACAGCCGGCCAUACACUUACCAGAAGGGGAAGAAGUCAAAGAAUCCAGACAAGCAUGUCUCAUUCAAACAGCGUACAAUAGCUUACAUGGAACCAUUCACACUUGAUGUCUUCAUUUCUAAGCGCUUUGUCUCAGCCUCACUCACACACAGGGUAACAAGCAAGCAGGUCGCAGUUGCUGGUACCAACUCUAACGACAUCAAGGCAAUGCUCAAGUCCCGGUCGGAUAUACCCGCUUGUUUGGCAGUUGGGCGAAUUUUAUCAGAGAGAGCAAGAGAAGCUGAUGUGUACACUGCUUCUUAUACUCCGAGGGAGAGGGACAAGUUUGAAGGAAAGAUUAGAGCGGUUGUCCAGUCUCUCAUUGACAAUGGUAUUGAUGUCAAAGUCUAUCUUGAUUGAACCGGUUCUUUCUUUCUUAUUUUGCCUUUAUUUUAUUUUAGCUUUAUUGGCACCCUCCGUAGGUGGACAUCAUCCUUCUGUCACUGUUGUAGCCCCCUUUCCUUUUGUAUAUCCUAGAAGAGUAGCAUGUCAGCUUCCUUAGCAACUAUUUUUAAUGUAAAAUGGAAAUUCCCUCUC